AUGAAGUGGAUUGCAUCUGCUUUGGCAGCGUCCAUAGCUAUCUUACAAGUUCAGGCACUUCCAGCCCCUCAACCAGAACCGAUUGAAGUGAUUGAGUUGCCUUUGCCACCAGUGGCCCCCAGCAACCGCAAAGGCGCCUGUACGAAGAGUAUUAACCCACACGGGACCGGUUGCAUAGGGACUAUCUCUGACACCUUUCAAGCUGGAGAUUUUACACCCGAUGGGAACCAUGUGCUUGUCAAUGUCGAAUUCAUCGGUGCACCAGUGGCCCCGGACCCGGCCAGCAUCUACACCGGCCAGCAAUUGAUUGCUGUCAAGACGGAUGGGUCACUCUUCCCUAACGGGGAUCCAUGGAAGUGCCUAAGCUGUGGCAUCCCUGCCAAACAAGCACAGAGCCUUGACCCCGCAAGGGAUUAUCCUCACGCCGCUCGAAAUGGCCGUCAAGCUGAAUGGGGCCACAACAUACUCGACUGUGGCGACGCUCUCCUUGUGAGCGACGAAUGUACCCCGAACACAACAUAUAUCUACCCCAUCUACUGGCCGAGUGGAAUUAUGCGAGAACUGCGCAUGCAUCCAGAAGACGUUCACAUGGGUUGGAGCUCUUUCACCAAGGGAGGCCAGAAUGCCUUCUUUGGGCGUUUGCAGUUCAACCCAAACCCAACGACCGGAAAUCCUGUCGCUCCUCGGUAUGACUUGGUGAAUGUGAGCAUUCUGGUCGAUCCAAAAGGACGCUCCUCAAUCAUGGCGGAGGGAACGGAGCUCAAAUUACAUGACGAGGCAAUUGUUGUUGGCGAGCUGCGCGGCUUCAGUGGUGCAGGGGACGAGAUUCUAUAUAUUGGUCCCACAAGAGAGGCAAACAAUGUUGACCUCUUUGCGGUACACGUCACAUCAGGCGCUGUCCGUCGGUUGACUAGCCACCCAGAGUACGCAGAUCCCAUUGCAUUUUUCCACGACAAUCAAUGGUUCGUGGUUAUGGAUACGCGGGGAUCGAACCGCCAGAUGUGGAUGUCAGGCAUGCGAUACAUUCCGCCGCUGAUCGACCUGGUCACCAUGACUGCAGCUUCGUCUACCCGUAACAACGGCGCUCGUCGCUUCUUCCAGCCUAUCCUGAUUGAUAGAUAUGGAGACCGAGGAUCAUAUUUUGGCCAACAGGUCAACGCUGCUGGCAACGGCACAAGUGGCAGCGUCAACGAUCCCGACUGGAACUGGCGCGCAGACCCAGCUUUCUCCGCGGAUGGUACGAAAAUUGUCUUCUGGCAGUCUCUGGUACUUUCCCCCGCAUGCGGUGGCGAGAAUCGUCUUCCUUGCCCCGCCUCCACCGCCCCAGGUGGUCGUACAUACCGCGUGAUGCUGGCCCAUCUCACCAGUCGACGACCGGCCGCUCCUGCGCCUGUCUAUAAAGUACCAGAUAUGAUCCCCUGGGCGACGGCAUUUCCUCAUGGUGCUAACAUCCCUUCACCAUCUCAAUUGCCACCCGGGUAUUAUACCCUUCAAGGAAAGCACAUGGCAUAUCUCAAGUGCAUCUCACGGCGUAUCCAGGUUCUGAAGGUUUCAAGACUCGACGACGGCCGGCAUUUUAUCAAUGGCCGGGAAACAGUGACUCUGACUUUGUCCGAAUCGAAUCCCUGGUGGAAUCAUCUGGACUGGUACUCGGAUCUAACGCAAACAGGCGCUGUGCAGGCCACCAAGCGCACAGGCCCUGGUGGAUUCCACUUGUCUAUCGAUGCCAUGAAAAAUAUCUUCGAGGCGAAUGGCACGUUGACAACUACCGUGGAUGGGAUUGUCUAUUCCCAGCCGGCAAAUGGAACCUAA